AUGAGUGAAAAGCUUCCACCGGGUUAGUUUUCUAAGCUUUUAUACAUUUUUCCAAUGAAAAUUGGUUUAGGAACGCUUUGCGCGGUUUGCGAUGAUAUUGCGACUGGAAAACAUUAUAGCGUUGCGUCAUGCAAUGGCUGCAAAACAUUCUUUCGUCGUGCACUUGUGGUAAGUUGGAAAAAUAGCCAAAAAUGGGGCGGGUUUUCAGGAAAAAAAAGAAAAGAAAAUCUAGAAAAUACAGUAAUAUUUCAAAGGCGCACAAGAACAUUUUGUGUGUCGCGGCGAGACGCCAAAAGAUCCUUGAAAACGUAUUUUCUUUUUUUUCUAAAAGAAAACAUCAAAACUCUACAGAACAAUCGAGAAUUCGUGUGUCAGGGGAAUCAAGACUGCCCAGUAAAUAAAGGAGUUCGAUGUGCUUGUCGAUAUUGUCGUCUGCAAAAAUGCCUCGCCGUUGGAAUGGAUCGAAAUUGUGAGUUUUUUUCGUUUACCCUCGGGAAAAAAACAAGUAGAAAAUUUCAGCAAUUCAAAACGAUCGAGAUCGAAUCGGAUACACCAAGCGAAAAAGAAAGCAUGAAGAUGGAACCGAUUCAGAUCAUCGAAAUAUUUCGCUAAGCCCCCAACAUCAAAGCGAAAACAGUCCAAUUUCCCACGAAAGCAAGGAUUAUAAAAUCGAUUUGAAUACCCUAGACCCAAUCGCAGAGAAGCUGACAACUUUGGAGAAUAAUUUCACACUAUUAUUGAGUAGAUGUCCAGAUUUAAAAGUCUACAACACUCUGGAGCAGGCCCUAAAUGCUCCAAGCAGAUUUAUCCAACCAAUAACCUGCGAAUGGUCUGACACAAUAAUCUACAUCCCGCAAAACGAAAAAAUGCCAUUUUGGCGUCAAAGACUCAUCACACUCUACAUUGAUUGGGCCAAAACCUUCUCAACCUUCCGCACUUUACCCUACACUGAUAAAGUUGCCAUGGUAACCAAUCACGCCUCAUCUUUCAUGAUAAUGUGUGAAGCUUUCCGUACACCUGAACACAGCAAAACGGAAGUCGUUAAGAAACGACCAGAUAUAUCGGGUUUGAUAAGUAGCAGUGGUUCUGGAAGCAGUAGAGUUCCUUCUGCUGCGAGUUCUUUCGGCACAAAUGAUUGUUUCGAAUCCUCCUCAAAUAUCCAGCAAUCUAUUGACAAUGGGAUUUUGUUUGGGUUUUCCGAGCCACUUCGACAAAUUAAAAUGGAGCCACAGGAUAGUCCGGAGCCUAGAAUUGAUAUGAUUCGAUUACCUAAUGAAUAUGGAAGUCUGCCGGCGGAUUAUGCUUCUUGGAUUCCCAAAGAUUAUGGGCAUCCAACGGCGGGACAUGAAGGAAAAUCGGAUAUUCAUAAUUUCUUCGAUGCCAGAGAAUUUUGCGAAGGCCGCCCGCAAUCUUGUAGUUUCAGCGAGCGAUCGAUGAAAACCACAACAUUGGUGGUGCCGAAAAGCAAUUCUCGACGAGUUCCAACAACUAGUUUGAGUGGAGUCACGCCUGUCUUAGCCAUGAUGAUCGAUUUGGUGAUGAAACCAUUCAGACAACUAAAUUUCUCAACAACCGAAUUCGCUUUGCUGCAAGCUAUCAUGUUUUUCGAUCCGGAUACGGAAGGAUUGGAUUCGGCGUCGCAGCGGAAUGUGAUUGCGGAGCAGAAGAAGUUGCUGGCGGUGUUGUUCAAGCACAUUCAGAAGGGCUAUAAUUUGGAGGCGGCUAAUGAGAGAUAUGCGUCGAUUUUGUUGAGGAUACCGAGUAUUAGGGUGGGUUUUUUUGGGAGGGUUUCAAAUUCAAAAGUUUUUUCACCCAAAAACCACGUGGAACAUUAAAAAAAAUGUUUUUUCAACAUCGAAAGAACAAUUCACAAAAAGUCAAAAAAUGUCGAAAAAACAUUGUGGUCAAAAUUAGUUCUUCGAGUUUUUCAGUCCAAAAUGAUGACAAAUCGAGAUUUUUGAAGCUUCUGGAGUGAUUUCUAAUGAAAAUUGACCUUGAAAAUUGCAGUCUGCAAGCCAAACUCUAUUUCUGAUCGAAAAAUCAAUGGAAAUCGCCUACUUUAUGUAAAUUUUCAUUGAAAAUCCGAUUUCUAACCGAAAAAUCAAUGGAAAUCGCCUACUUUAUGUAAAAAUUCAAGAAAAAUCGGAGUUUGGACGAAAAUCGCCUACUUUAACAGAAAAACCAGAAUUUUAACCUACUUGCCUCAAUUUCCACCAAAAAAGCACCAUUUCCCACCUACUUUACCUCAAAAAAAAUCAAAAAAUCUCCUGAGAUUUUCCAAACAACCAACAGUUCAAAACAAAAAUGAAAAAAUGCAAAAAAAAAAAGAAAAAAACAUCGGCUAUCCCGAAUGUUCGAAGCGCACUGGUGCUGAAAAGCACUGGCACUAAAAGCGCACUUGGUGCCUCGAAUGAGCGUCAGUGCCGAAACGCACUUUUUAGAACCUGCAGCAAAACAGAACCACAAUAAGAGCGAAAUGAAAGUCCCCCUCCAGAUGGCAUGUGCCAGAGGUUUACUAACAUCUCAUAUAAUACCGUGGGGCGAAACAGAGAGAAGCGGGCAAAAAACAUAAUCACAGGAAUAUGUCACAUAUUCCUGUGAUUAUCUAGAAGAAGAAGAGAUCCGCAACAGAACCACAGUAAUAAGGAAGUGAUAGUUCCCCUCUAACCGCCAUUUGCUAGAGGUUUCCUAACACCUCACAUAUUACUGUGGGGCGAGAGAGAUAGAAGCGGCGAAACCCAGGGCUGCUCAAAUUUUCAGGUGAUUUGAAAUAUUGGAUUUUAAUUUUAUUCAUAUGAUAGAAUGGUCUAAGACGAACAGAAUGAUAUAAAUUUUGAUGAAUUGACGUUAUCCUUAAGUGAUUUAGCGACGUUUAGUCUAUAUUUAGUCGAUAAGCCGAAUCGAUCGACAAAACGUCGCUAAGUCACUUUUGGAUAACGUAAAGUCAUCAAAAUUUAUAUCAUUCUGCUUGUCUUAGACCCAAUAUUUCAACUAACUUGCUUAAAAACACUGAAAAUGUCAUUUAGACGAUGUAAAACUAUACAACUAGGUCACAAAUUUUCGAAAUUUGAAUUUAUUAAAAUCACACCGGAAAAAAAGGCGUGACCUAGUUAUUCAACAGGAAAAGACCCCACUUCCAGGUUUUUGGCAAGUGGGAAUUGCCUACCCAUUUGAGCAGCCCUGGCGAAACCACAGAAAUAUGUGAGAAUCAAAGAUCUCACAUAUUCCUGUGGGUAGAAAAAGAACGAGAGAGCACCCGACUCACGUUUAUCCUCGAGCGGCUAGCGGAGACAGCUACUAGGUAGAAUACUCUAGAAAUAUUAGGGAAGACAUUUUCGAAGUGAGUAAACACCUUUCUGACUGUUGCUUAUAUAGCAUUUUUGAGAGAUUUUAUCAUCACGUGUGUGUCACGUGGAUAAUAGAAAACCCUUUUUCUAUUUUUUAUUUAAAAAAAUUAGAAAAUUCAAAUCAUUACAAAAAUUAUGCGUGAAACGCGUGAAAAAAAUGGCGAGGUCAGUGGAAAAUCAAAUCAGUACUGGUUUUGACAAAUCAAAUCAACUGCAUGGAAUAAUCGAUUAUCCAAAUCGCCCAAAAACUACAAAUUGUUGCGCGUAGUUUUCUUUAGGUAAAAAGUUUUUUAACGGUUUGAUUAUCGAAAAUCUUUCUAAAAGUUAUGAAAUGAAUUUCGAUCCAAAACACACCUCGGCCAAAAUCGUGGUUUUCACUAUAAAAAAUUGUACGCUAAAUUUUUACAGUACAAAAAUUGUGGAUUUUUCAGUUUUUGUCCUCUAAAAUUUGUGAUUUUUCAAUUUUUGACCACUAAAAACUGAAAUUCGGUUUUUCCAAAAAAUGUAAUCUGGCCAGCCACGGCUUGGCCGAGGUGUGCUUGGAGCAGGGUUCCGAACCGAUUCUGAAUUUUCGGUUUGGGUCGGGUCAAACCGAAAAAAACCCACCCAAAACCACCCAUUUAUACCCAGUUCUAAAAUAGAACCACCCAGAAUCAAAACUGAAAAAACAGUUCUGGUUCAGACUCGACCCAAACCCGACUCGAACCAGACUCACCCAGAACCAAACCCAUUUUUGGAGAACCAACCCAGACCCAGACUCAAUGGAUCAGACUCGGGUAAGACCCAAACUCAUUCGAGAAUCAAAAAUACCCACCCGAACCAAUUCAACCCAAAUCCAACUCAAAUCCAAACCAUGUGGACUCGGGUACCCGGGUAAAAAUGGUUCUGAAAAAACAAUUCAAAUUUAUUCGAUAAUAAAAUAAUUCACCAGUUUUUUUUCCAGAAAUAUUUUUAGAAGUUUAUGUUUCGCAAAUUUCAGAAAUUUUUAAAACCAUAACUAGCGGGUAUAGGAAAAAAUUUCAGUUUUUGUUGAAUUUUUUCAACGAAAAUCGAAAUUUCGGUUUUUGUUGAAUUUUUUCAACGAGAAUCGAAAUUUCAGUUUUUGUUGAAUUUUUCAACGAAAAAAUUUGUAAAUCUGGAAGAGCUUCCAGUUUUACAAAUCCAUCAUUUUCGAGCCAAUUUUCAUGAUUUCAGUCUAAAAUUGAUUGAAAUUCAUUUAGUGGGCAUCAUUCGAGUAAUAUUCAAAGAAAGCUUUGAAAAAAUAGUCGAAUAGCCGAUCGAAUAAAUGUAAUCGAAUAAAUGUUUCGAUAACUGGUGAAUUAUUUUAUUAUCGAAUAAAUUUGAAUUGUUUUUUCAGAACCAUUUUUACCCGGGUACCCGAGUCCACAUGGUUUGGAUUUGAGUUGGAUUUGGGUUGAAUUGGUUCGGGUGGGUAUUUUUGAUUCUCGAAUGAGUUUGGGUCUUACCCGAGUCUGAUCCAUUGAGUCUGGGUCUUGGUUGGUUCUCCAAAAAUGGGUUUGGUUCUGGGUGAGUCUGGUUCGAGUCGGGUUUGGGUCGAGUCUGAACCAGAACUGUUUUUUCGGGUUCGGUUCUGGGUAGUUCAUCCAUUUGUUUGUUCUGGAUCUGGGUCCAACCCACUCGAACCAGACCCGAUCUGCCCCAAGAACCGACCCAGUUCGGAACCCUGGCUUGGAGUUCACUUUCCAAAAGUUUUUGCUGAUUUUUUUCGAAAAAAAAUGAUAAAAUGAGGUAAAAUAGGGUUCUCGAAGUCUAUUUUCAUCAGAAAUCAGUCCAAAAAUCUCGAUUUGUCAUCAUUUUCGGCUGAAAAACUCGAAAACCUAAUGUUUUUUCGACAUUUUUUGACCUUGAAUUGAUCUUUCAAUGUUCAGAAAACAUUUUUUGAAAUUCGUGAAUCAGCUCUUCUGAAAUUCAAAAAUUUUGGCACCAAAAAUCCAGAAAUUUCAAUUGAAUUGCCCGAUUUUAAAGCCACGCCCCUAUUCUGCAAUCCUGACACAGCUUUCAAGUUCUAAAAACCGUGCCAGACUUGCAGAAAAAGCAGGAUUUCUUUCCCCAUUUCAUAGCUCAAAACUCCAAUUUUUUCCAGCGCGCGGCCGCAAAGAAAAACGAAUCGCUCCAAGUGCUCGACAUGCUCCAAAUGCACGAAAUGAACUCGCUGGUCAAAGAAACCUCACUUGGCCCUCGUCCAACUUCAGUUCAACAAAGAAUGGGAAUCGGAGGUGGAGCCGGCGGUUGCACAACGUUUCCCAAUGGACAUAGCGCUGAAAUUUGA